CAAAAUUCUACUUACUAACUCGUUGCUGAACCUGAUGCAUGGAGAAAAUAAUGCAUUUUUGAGUGCAACGAACAGCAUACGUUUCUGUAAAACGAUACGGAUCUUUUUCAUAUUCACCAAGAAAGCUGAUAAAAGACAAUCAAGAUGAGACCGUUAGUCCCGGCGAUUCCUAUUAUCUUGGGGUUAUCCCUAAUAGGAGCAAGUGGAGCGUAUCUGUACAUGCUGUUUAAAAAAAAGCGUGCCCCAUCACAAGGAGAUGUGGUUGAUUUUUUCACAAGGCAAUCGUCGAAGCAGGAUUCGGUUGUGUCGGAAUUGGUAAUACCCAACAGCUUGGUACCGUUGGUCAUCGGACGCAAAGGAUAUACAUUGAAGCACAUCCAGCAAAGUACUGGGACAGCAAUUAAUUUCACCGAUCACGACGAAUCGAACCAGCUGUGUCGCAUUCAGGGUCCAUCUCAGGCAUCCGUACAAAAAGCGAAGGAUUUGGUGCUGAAAGAAACAGCGCGGCCGAUUACUAUUACAGAAGAAAUAUUUGUACCACAAGCCGCCUGCGGAAAGAUAUUGGGUCGCUGCGGCGAUGAACUGCAAGAAAUCUGCCGUAAAUCGAUGGCCAAGGUUUGGCUCGAAGGUCGCGCUCGAAGUGAAGGUGAACGGCGGGUGAUGAUUACGGGUACUGAGGCGCAAAUAAAAGUCGCCAAAGAACUGAUUGCGCAGAAGGUGCAGGAAGAUUACGAAUGUAGAAAAUCCGUCUCGGAAUCUCUCCGACAGUCGAGAGAACCUCGCAUACGCACCCCACCAUCAAGUUCGGCGCCAACACCCACACCAAACGGAACUCCCCGUGAGGCAGCUGCAUCUCCCAAACCGCCUGCGGAACCACAGAGCCCAGCAGCAUUGGGUUCUGGUCAAAUGGAAGUGUAUGUGUCCGCCGUUGUUUCACCGAGUAAGUUCUUUGUGCAGCUGGUGGGUCCACAGUCGCUGGAGCUGGACUUGCUCACCAAUAGCAUGACGGAAUACUACAACCAAAGCCAGAAUCGGGAGCUUCAUCGAUUGCGAAAACCGUACCUUGGACAGAUCGUGGCGGCCGAAUUCAACGCCGACAAUAAAUGGUACCGAGCGGAAAUUAAUGCAAUUUUACCUAACACAUUCAAACCCGGAGAGGUCGUGGUGGAUCUUUACUUUGUCGACUAUGGCGACAAUCAGUAUACGAAUCCUACGGAGGUGUACGAGUUGAAACCGGAUUUUUUGGCGCUGCGAUUUCAAGCGAUAGAAUGUUUCCUCGCUAAGGUAGAACCGGUGCAAAGCAGUGCUAUGCUCUCUUCAGCCGCAGUCUCUGAAGAAAAAUGGGAUCCGGUGGUAGUGAGCAAAUUCGAAGAGUUAACACAUAUGGCUCAAUGGAAAAAGAUUAUUUCAAAAAUCGUAACAUACCGUAAUAGUAAGAGCCCCCUGCACGGGCGUGAAACAUCCCCCGUUCCCGGAGUGGAACUCUACGACACGGCAUCCAAUGGGGUGGAUUUAAUCAACAUUGCGCAUGAACUGGUGACGGCAGGAUUAGCGAGUUACUCGACCAACGAUCGGUCGGACGAGCUCACGCGCAGCCAACUAUUUCGACUUGGAUUAACGAAUGGAACGAGCGGAUCUUCCCAGUCAUCAAGCGUGGACAAGGUGGAAGAUACAAGCGCCUCGAGCAGUGCAUCCGCGUCGACGAUAAUAUCAGCAGGCAAGCAGGUUAGUGCCAAACAGGAAAAUACCACAUCUGUGCAAUUUAGGAGUUUGGCCAACGGUACUCAUUAAAUGCCAAUAGAGCUAAUUUUGUCGACUUCAAGCAAAGGUCUACAGGAUGUUUGUAAUAGUGAGCUUUUUCAGUAUCACAUGUGAGCAGAUAAAGAGAUUUAAACGCAAAUUGCGAUCAAGGUGGACCAAUAUCUUGGUUCACAGAACAAGCUUUCCAAAUAUUAAGCUGACAUCACUGUAGCAUCAUCGAAUAUUGCUCUAGCUACACAUUCGAAACCUGGUUCCUUUAUUCGGUUAACCGAAAUCGUACUUAGGAAAAAACGUAAUGCGUGCUUGAGAUCUUACGUUAAAUAAGUUUAAACCGUGUUGCGCUUCAUAUCGUGAUCAUAAUUGUAUUUUUGAGGCAUGUAAAUACUUGCACGUGUUUAAAUUGUAUGCGAAAAAUGUGAAAUAUGCAAGCUGUUGGAAGGUUGUUGACCGUUACGGUGCUCUUGAGUAGGACCAUAAGAAAGUGAAGAGAAAGGUAUUUAAGCAAAAUCAAUCAUCAUGCUACCGUAAUCAACAUGCUAUUAUUGAGAUAUACUUGUUCUAUUUUACUCUAGUUGUACGUUUGUGAGACGGGAAACUAAAUAUCACUGUCCUGGAUGACAAAAAACACUGUUCUCAAACAAAUGAUAAAAUCGGAACAAACAUAGCACGCAAUGUUGCAAUAUCCCGCGAAAUGAAUGACGAUAAAGAAUUGUUGUAGUACUGCUAUUACACUUUGAAGCAAUUGCUCAAAUUUUGAUGAAUGAUUGAAAGGCAAAAAUACGUUCAACGUAAAGAAAAGGGUACAGGAUGUGCCAAUUGGCCAAGGUUAUGAAACCAUAAUUUCUUGCCCUUUUUGAAAGUAUAUCAUAAUAAAAAGCAUUUGUAACUUUCGCAUGCGUUUUCUCUUGUUUUCUUUUCACUUAGCUGUAUAUUAUUGUCUUUGAUAAAUUUGGCUAUAAUUUCCAGCGAAUGUAGACUCUUAAACAAAUAAAA